AUGGUUCAAGAAGAUUAUCCGCUAGCCUUCAAUGAUGGAAGGCCUAGAGGGGGUGAUAAUGACUCUAUCAACUCUCGUAUAGUGAGUCAGGUGGAGUCAGUAUUGUCUGAAAAUCUGAAGACCAUCGCCCCUACUAAUGCUAAGAAGGCCCAAAUUCGUUUGAAUAUGGGUUACCGUAUGCCACGGUUUGGAUACUUGAAGUCCUUCUGGUUACUGCCUCCUCAGUGGCAGAAGGAGAGACCUGCUGAUUUACCUAUUGGUUCUGAUGAUUUGGCUAUUAAUGAAGCUCAAUUAGAGUUUGUUAAGCACCGAGUGACUCAGGCCUCUGAGAAGCUGGUGAGCCAGAUCAAGAAGCUCCAAGGAGGGCCCUAUCAGGGUGCAAAGUCUACACCCGAAACUCAAUGUGAUAAAAUGCAGAAUGUGAAGAAGUCCACUAAUGAGACUCUACCGCAGUUCAUGUACAAACUCCAGAACUUGUUUACUGGUGUCGAGAUUGAGACUGGUCAAGAACUGGUUGAUA